AUGGCGGAGACGCUGAAGCGGGUGCUAAGCCCCGGUAGGACGGCCGGGCCCCGGGAGGAUAUGGCGGCGGAGGUUGGGCCACCUUUGCUGCUGCUCGGCGGUCCAGGGUCCGGAAAGACAGCGCUGCUAUUCGCGGCGGCCCUGGAGGCGGCAGGGGAGGGCCGAGGCCCCGUGCUCUUCCUGACGCGGAGGCCUCUGCAAAGCCUCCCCCGCCGGACGCCGGCGGCGCUCGACCCCCUACGGCUACAGAAGAUCCGUUUCCAAUACCCGCCCUCAACCCAUGACCUUCUUCAGCUCCUGUGCUCUGCCCACGAGGCCCGGGGACCAGCCCCCUUCCUUCUGCUGCUUGAUGGUCUGGAGGAGUACCUAGCUGAAGACGCCGAGCCCCAGGAAGCUGCCUACCUGGCUGCCCUGCUUCUGGACACAGCUGCCCACUUCAGCCAGCAGGUUGGGCCUGGCCGAGGCUGUGGGCUCAUUGUGGCCCUACAGACCCAGGAGGAAGGAGACAGUGGUGAUACCCUGCAGCUGUCGCUUCUCCAGAGGUAUUUCCCUGCCCAGUGCUGGCUGCAGCCAGUUGCACCAGGCUCAGGACAGCGCUGCUUCAGAGCCUGCCUGGAGCCAGGCGGGCUGGGACCCAGGGCAGAGUGGUGUGUGGCUUUCCAACCUGAUGGAGAGAUGACAAUCACCCCAUGGCCUACCCAGGCUGGUGACCCCAGCUCAAACAAGGGUUCAAGCUCUGGAAGCCAGCCUUGAGCUUUGGUGUAUGACCACCUCUCUCUGCCUGUUUCCCAUGGCUGGAGUACUUACCUCAGGGACAUGUACAGAUUUAAAAACCUAAAGAAUGUAAAGUGCUUCUUCUCUUUUCAAAAUAGCAUUAUCAUGUAUAUAUUGUACCCUGUCAACAUAUUGUUUAGUUUUGCUGUUUUUAACUUUAUAAAAAGAGUUUUA